AUGUCAUCUAUCGAAGUAUCUCUGGUUGCAUCAAAUUAUCAGACGAAAUCUGAUACAGACCAUGCGACUUUACGACCACAGCGACUACCACCACCACCACCUUCCUUACAAUCGCAGCUUCCUACUCCGCCUAUUGAUCAAACAACCAUGCCUCUAGAAUCUGAGACUUCUCCUACAUCUGUACAAACUUCAAUUAAACCUAUUGAUAAUAUGAACAAAAAUCAAUUAUUUCUUCUAUCUGAAUUCAAACGUCUUUUUGAUAAUUUCGAUUAUGAAAUAGUUCGUGAAGAAAUUUUAAAUCGUAAAAUGAUUGAAUGUAAUUUUACAACAGUAUUAUGGCGUAUUUUUUUACUUUGUUUAUCACGUGAUGCAAAUCAAUGGAACGAUAUGCUUGAUACAUGUCGUAAUAAUUAUGAAAAACUUGUAGACCAAUAUAAGAUUGAUCCAUAUAAAAUAAGUGAUAAUAAUAAUAAAGAUAUAUCAAAUCUGAAUCAUCCACUUUCCCGAGAUGAAAAUAGUUUAUGGUCACAAUAUUUUUCUGAUGAAGAACUUAAAGCAACUAUUACAACAGAUGUUCGACGAACUUGUCCAGAUAUUUCAUUUUUUCGAAAUCCACGUAUGAUAGAUCUUCAAUUACGAAUAUUAUUUACUCAUAGUCGACAUCAUCAUAAAACAACACCAUAUCGACAAGGUAUGCACGAAAUUCUUGGCAUCGUUGUUUAUGCAAUUCAUUUGGAAAGUUUAAAAGUAAAUGAAUGUCAAGAAUCAAAUGAAUUAAUGAAAAAACUCUACGAUUCACAAUAUCUUGAACAUGAUGCUUAUGAAAUUUUUGAAAAAAUUAUUGAUCAUCUUCGACAAUUUUAUUCACUUUCAACAAAACAUUCAUCCAUACGUAAAAGUAUUAUUUCAAAUGGUAUAAAACAAAUACCAUUUCAACGGAAUGAUGUACAUAUUCCACCAAAUGAUACUGUUACAAGAAUGAAUUCUAUUUUUGAACGUUUAAGACAUUAUGACCAUUCAUUACAUGGUAAACUUGAAGAAUUAAAUAUUGAACCAACAGUUUAUGGCAUACGUUGGCUUCGACUUUUAUUUGGACGGGAAAUUCCAUUUGAAUCUAUUCCAACUCUUUGGACAGUGAUCUUUUGUUUUGAUGAACAUUUUGGAUUUGUUGAUUAUUUUUUUAUUGCACUUUUAAUACAAGUCGGACAAAUAAUUGGAAAACAAGAAGAAAUAGGACAUAUUAGUUAUUUACAAUCACUUAUGAAACAAAAUGUUAUUACUGAUGUUGAACCUGUCAUUCGAAAAGCUCUAACUUUAACCGGAAGACAAUUGCCACCCUUACCUGAACCACCGAUUGUUCCAUCCAUACAUAAAAAAGAUGAAACUCGACCAAAUCAAACAGAAAACGAUCGAGAAAAUAUCGUUCGAUCAAAAGAACUUCAACGUAUAUGGAUAGCUCCUGCACCAAAACCUCGGUUACAUCGUCCGAUUAUAACAGAUAUACAAAAAUUACCAAUGCCUGUUCAAGAAAAUAUUCCAAUAGAUUCAUUAAAACAUAAUUCUUCAAGCAACUUUCCAUUUACCUUAUCAUCACAAAUAUCAAAGUCCGUUCCAUCUAAUACUUCUAUACAUUCCGAAAUGGAUUUAUGGACUGGAAAAACAACACGACAACAAUAUGAGGAUAAUGUUCGACUACAAAAAUGUUGUGCUCAAUAUAUGAAUAAAUUCAUUGAACGAUUACAAAAACAAAUAUGUGAUUUGGAAGCACCAAAUGAAGAUGAAUUACAUAUUCAAUUGGCUGGUUUAAAACAAAUUGCUAAUAUUUUGGAAGGUAAAUUAACAUUUGAUAGUGAUUCUCUUCAAGCUCUUGUCAAUUAUGAAUGUAAAGAAAAGAAAAUCGAAACAAAUAACAGUGAUACCAGUGAAUUAUCAUAA